GCGGCCGCAGUGGCCGCAGCGCAGCCGGCCGCCGCCGCCGCCGCCGCCGCCGGGCCGGUCCCGCCGGGGACGCCGGGCGCGGCCAGCCCGCCCCGGAGCCAGGCCCGCGGGCGGCGGCCGCGGAGCCGGGCAGGUGGAUGCUGCUGGAAGAUGGCGCCCUCGGGCCCGGGCAGCGUCAGGCGGCGGUGCCGGCGGGUGCUGUACUGGAUCCCGGUGGUGUUCAUCAGCCUCCUGCUCGGCUGGUCCUACUACGCCUACGCCAUCCAGCUGUGCAUCGUGUCCAUGGAAAACAUUGGAGAACAAGUCGUGUGCCUGAUCGCGUAUCAUCUGCUUUUUGCGAUGUUCGUCUGGUCGUACUGGAAAACCAUCUUCACGCUACCAAUGAAUCCUUCCAAGGAAUUCCAUCUCUCUUAUGCAGAGAAAGAGUUGCUGGAGAGAGAGCCGAGGGGAGAAGCCCAUCAGGAAGUCCUUAGGCGAGCCGCCAAAGAUCUCCCCAUCUGCACCAGGACCAUGUCUGGAGCAAUCCGCUACUGCGACAGAUGCCAGCUCAUCAAACCAGAUCGCUGCCACCACUGCUCCGUCUGUGACAAAUGUAUUUUGAAGAUGGAUCAUCAUUGCCCAUGGGUGAACAAUUGUGUCGGAUUUUCAAAUUAUAAAUUUUUCCUUCUUUUCUUGGCUUAUUCCCUGCUGUACUGCCUUUUUAUUGCUGCUACAGAUUUACAGUAUUUUAUCAAAUUUUGGACAAAUGGUCUACCUGAUACUCAAGCCAAGUUCCAUAUUAUGUUUUUAUUCUUUGCUGCAGCUAUGUUUUCUGUCAGCUUGUCUUCUCUGUUUGGCUAUCAUUGUUGGCUAGUCAGCAAAAAUAAGUCUACAUUAGAGGCAUUUAGAAGCCCAGUAUUUCGACACGGAACAGAUAAGAAUGGAUUCAGCUUGGGUUUCAGUAAAAAUAUGCGACAAGUUUUUGGUGAUGAGAAGAAGUACUGGUUGCUACCCAUUUUUUCAAGUCUAGGCGACGGAUGCUCCUUCCCGACUUGCCUUGUUAACCAGGAUCCUGAACAGCCGUCUCCUCCCGCAGGGCUGAACUCAGCAUCCAAAAAUCCUGAAAACCACCAGUUUCCUGCAAAGCCCUUGAGAGAGUCCCAGAGCCACCUGCUCACCGACUCUCAGUCCUGGACGGAGAGCAGCGCCAACCCGGGAAAAGACAAAGCUGGGAUGAGCAAUCCUGCACUGACCAUGGAGAAUGAGACGUAACUCUCCAAACAAAAUCAGUUCAUGUUUCUGAAAGUAUCAGUGCUGCAGGUGGACGGAAGAGGCUUCCCACGGGCACCACUGGCUGAUCCGAUCGUCCCCAUUGCCCUUGGGCUGGACACGCAGGACGUGAAUGGAUGAGUUCUCUCCACGCUGUUGCUUGAAACAUCACAUUUUUAAUUCAAGAUGCAGACUGUUUCAAUUAACGCAGAUUCCUGUUAAAUGUUAAAAAUGAUUAUGGUUUAUGAAUCAAGGACAAAAAUAUAAUCUGUCAUAAAAACUGAGCAUAUUCAUGGGCCAGUUUUCACCCAAAUAAUUGGGUAGCAUAAUUUGUCACAAUUCUGAUCCAGGAAGUUAAGAUGAAGGUACUGAGAUUUAAAAGAUUUCCAGUCACAUUAUGAUUGUAAGAUAUAUUCAUAAAACCUGUUACUUACCUAUGAAAAGGUGGAGGUGGCCAGACUUCUUUAUUUAUUCCUUCUGAUGCGAAUCUAUCUUCAGACUGAGUGAAUUCAUUACAAACUCCAAAUGACCUACAGUUGAUGAUCUCCAUUUUUUGCUAGACUUUAAUCUAAUUCUAGCUUUUGUUCCCUGCUAGAAAAUAAGUAUGAUCAUUGAAGCUUGAGCUCACUGAUAAGCAACUGGCUAGAAAAUUUUGUCAGAAUCAAUACACUUCUAUUGUAUCUGAAAUAUACAGGGUCCAGCAGAAGUAAGGCCUGCUUGAGUGUGGUUGGUAGGGUAAGAAUAUGGGUGUAAUAAUGUAUGGUUUUAAUUUGAACAUAUCACCUAAAAUGUCAUAUGGUAUGCUUGAGUGUGAUUGUAAUGUUACAGAAUUAAAUGCUUAUGGUUUUAUAAAAAAAGAUUUUGUAAUAAAAAAGGAGCAUUAUUUGUGCUGGACCCUGUAUUUUUCAUCUCUUCUAAUCUUCAUAAAUUGGGGGAAAAUCUGUAACAACUACAAAAAUCGGUUUAUUUUGUGAUAUUCUUUAGCCAGUUUGGCUUUUAUAACUUAUUUUUAUUUUUUUUCCUUUGAUUGAACAUAGCGGAAAUACUGAAUUUCAGUUAAGAAUUCCUGAUGGGUCCAUAGAUUAAUCCUCCAUUAUAUUACUUCUGUGUCUUCUCAUCAAAGUUAUGACAGUUAAACUAUAUAGUUCCUCAUACUAAGAUUAAUGAUGCAAUUCAUAAAAAAUUAUAUACUUUUUUGGGAAAUUUUGUUCAACAUAACGGGGUGCUGUUUGGAAGUUGAGUUUCAGAUAAAGUGGUGUGUUUGUUGAUGCCAAAAUGUCAGGCUUCAGUAAAUAUACUAAAAAGCUCUUGUGCCUUGUAUGCACUAUUUAAAAAAAGUGUUAUUUACUCUUUUUUAGUUUGUUGGAGUAUAAGUGUUGUAAAUGCUCAUGAUUAGAAUAAGCUGUGGACUUUUUGUUUCUGGGUACUGAUAUUCCAAACUUAAAGCAGAUUAGAUAUUAAAACUACAUAGCUAAAGAACUGGUAUUUAAUCAAAGAGAAAAUGGUAUUAAACUUUUCAAAAUCUGAGAGAAAAAUUCAACCCAGAACAGAAGGCCAGAGGAUAAUGGAGUAAUAAGAAAUCCUUGCAAUUACUCCUCCUUACUAAAAAUACAAAAUGUUUUAUAUUCAAUGAAUUAAUGGAAGAACCAAUAUCAGCCCAGUCCAUUUUAUAGAUCAUUUAAGAGCAAUUAAUUUGAACAGUAGGAUAGCAGGGGUUUGUUUUUUUCCCCAAACAUUUUUAAAGCUAAAUAUUUUAAUCUGACAAUCGGUUUCAAGAGAUUCCAUAAGGAGUGUUUUUACUUUUAACUUAAAGCAUUUUGGGGUCAUCACUUUCCAUUACCUGAAGUGCCAGGCUGGGACCUGCAGAUACUGCUGGGAGUCGGAGGGGCAGCAGCAGCACCACGUGAUGUGCUAGGAAUUACAUGCAGCCAGGUGUUGUUCAAAGCACAGGAAGCACUACAGUUGUUUCUAGGGGCUCAGGAUGGUGAGUGUUCCCUCUUGUCACACUAACUAGAAGCAGGGGGAAAGAGAUUUUUAUUCUUUACCUUGCUAGAGUACUGUUAAUUCUUUCCCCCGUUAGGUCUUUCGUGUAAUUAUUGAAAUACGUAAGUCAAUACACACUAGAUUCAGAUUUGAAAACAUUUUUAAAAAUAAAAUAUUUUCAUUAAGUUGUAAUGGU